GUGUAGUCCCUGCUACCAUUAAUGCAAAUUAAAUAAUCCACGAUAUCAGACAUACUGCAGUAUCCCGACUCCGUAGUCGUACCGAAUCUCGCAUACGAGACGCGCGUGGCGUGCACCACUCCACUCCGCGAUCCGUCCACAUAUGGGACGUCCGUUCCGGCCCUCCACGUCGUUGUUCGGCGGCAACGGAGGUCCCUGAUUGACUCCUUUUGUGAGUGGAUGCGGAGCGAGCGCGAGCAAACCCGACAGCCCGGAUGCUGACACUCUGCGGCGAGGUUUCCGUGGGGCCCGCAGAUUAGGGUGUCGUCGGACCGCUGCCGGGCUGCGUGGCAGCUGUCUCCCGUCACCGUACUCUUGGCUGGCAUGCUGCUUCUGUAGUGCCGUUUAGCCACCGAUGUCUCCCCCCCAGGUUCAUCUGAACGAGCCGUCUCCGGUGCAGUGCCGAGAUGUGGAAGUCUAUUUUUUAGUGAUUCCUUAGAGGGCGCUGCGGAGGAAGCGCCAUUGUCCGGGGAGCCCGCAGACGUCGAGCCGGCAAGUCCGUCCGCGGCGGAAGAGGGCCCUCGAGCCGAAGCCACAGCGACGACGUCGGCCAGCGUCGCUGUGGAGCCGGACUCGGCCAUGGGGCCCCCCGAACAGCUCCAGGAGGACGAGCCCGGCGAAAAGGCCCCGCUGAGAACCGUCUCUUCGGCCGCCGAUGGACCCGAGGACGGCGGCGGCCCCGUGGCCAAGGCGGACGGCGCAGCCGCGGCCGGGGACCAGGAGAGGCCGCAGGGCGCGGUGAGCCUCUGGCUCGCCAAGCCCAGGGUCAUGUGGUGGAUCGCCGUGCUCGUGGCCAUCCUCCUGCUGGCUGUGGUUCUGGUGGCCACCUUCCUCUCGACGGGCAAGGAGGCCGAGGAGUUGAUAUGGACCGGCGAGCCGGGACUGAUCACCAUCUGGCCCAGACCCAGGGGACGGCACAGGCUGAUUCGGUUCCGGCACGGCAGCCUGCCAUACGAGGGCCGCGACUGGCCGGCACUCACGGGCCAGCUGAAGCGCCUGGUUUCCGGCUACGAUCCGGUACGGGCCCAGCGGAACUCCAACGUCACCGAGUGCUUCGGCCGGCGCCCCGACCGCGGACGGGUCUGCCUUUUCGACGUCCGCGCCGUGGCGCCCGAGUGCACGUCCACUCUGGACUUCGGCUACAAGGAAGGAAGCCCCUGCAUCUUCCUCCAGUUCGCCAACCUGAGCGGCUGGGAGCCCGGAACCUUCGGCCACCGAGACAUCAACCAGUUGCUCCCCGAAGAACUGCGCCCUCUGCUCAAGCCGGGCCUGGUGCUCCUCCACUGCGAGGGCGACACCAUCGUGGAUCGGGAGAACCUCGGCGGAAUAGCGUACACGCCCGAGCAAGGGUUCCGCACCGAGUUCUUUCCCUACUCGGGCCACCGGGACUACAUGGCACCGCUGGUGGCGGUCCAGUUCCGUAAGCCCACCGUCGGCGUGGUGGUUGGCGUGCGGUGUCGGCUCUGGGCGCCCAACGUUCCCGUCAACAUCACCGCUGAGGUGUUCUUCAACCUGCUCGUGGAGUGAGGUCGCGCUCUUCGUUGGGCCACGCUCAGCAACCGCUCAUGUUCGUCGACGGACCCCCUGUUGUUCUUGUUGACAGCAGGAAGCCUCGUGGACUCUCGCUAAAGGCACGAACUGGCCCCCGCCAUUUCUUUUUGUUUCUGUUGAGGAACGCAGUCUCUCUCGUAAACUCCUCGGGAAAAGGUUCCAGAAAUGGGAAGGGAGGUUGAUGUCGUUUACGUUUGGGAAUAACCACGGGCAUCGUUGUAGGCGUCAAAAUUUGGUUGACACCCUUUGCAGAUAUUAAUGGCUGAUCGAAUCAGUGAUGACUGAUUACGUCUCCCUCCUCACGGAGUAAGGAACGUUCCCUUUUCCUAAAGGGUGUACGAAAAGGUGUACAUAUAUGGCGCGCCGUUUCGCCAGGGGGUGGUUAAAGAUCUGGUUAAAAAGACGGAAAUGCUGUGUGAAGACAAAAUUUGCUAAUGCUCGGUUGCAAAGAUUGGAAACGAUACAUUAAUUAACACGUUGUAUUCGGUACACCAAACACCACUUUAAGUUGGUGCUAACAUAGAUUGCCCCCACUUCCCAUGGGCAGAGCCUGAUUUUUUUUUUUUUUUUUGUUAACAAAAAUGAAGGAUACAAAACCUUUAAAUAACCCUAAAAUAAAAGGAGAAAUAUUUAAACCGUACGCAUCUGGCGUCAUCUUUUUUUUUUUUUCUUUUUUUUUUUUUUGGUGCUUUUGCACUUUUUGGACGGAUCGAUAACUUUCAAUCUAAAACAAAAUGACUCUCUUUUGAGAGAACCGAAUUUGGGGCGCGCCCCAUCAGGCUUAUACAGUCUGCUUUGUGCGUAUAAAUUCAUACGUCUUUUUUCUUUUGCCGAUAAGUGAGGCCGGGGCACAUUUCGCCUCUUCUAGGUUAGUUUAUCCUCAGCAUUUUCUUCGAAAGAUGUCCCGAUCUGACUUUGAGAUUUGGCUCCAUUGCUUCGCCGAUUCGGCAGUAUUGUUCGCCCAAGACGCACGAGACUGGAACAGGCUUUUUUCCGUUCGCAGUAGGCGCGAGCGAGAACCUCAGUAACCGAUAACUUGAGUAGACGUUCCCGAUGGAUGUCGGGCGACCUUGUCGUCGAGUACUUCAUGCCACACUGCCACUACUUGAGUCACGUGACGUCGUUCUUCCGCCAUAUUUGUGGGCAUUGUAACUUACUUCCCGCCUGAAAUCGACGAGUUCCACAGCGUGAAAGAUGCGCGAAAGAAGCACGCCGCGCGCUGUAAACUCUCAGCAGCAGUUCUCAUAAGUAUAUGGAGAGUCCAGGUGACGUCAAAUAGACAUUGUUUUCUGAAAGGUCCAUACCUGUCUUCUAUGUUCUGAUGCUUCGAGCAUGCUUCUUUAUAAUUCACACAUUUAAAAAUAAUAUUAGGUCUUUUUUUUUUUCAAAUAGUAUGUGUCCGAAUGUGGGAUAUAUACAGCAAAACACAGCUCUCACGUCAUGCCGCCGCAGUGGAGCUGCUGUCGGCGCGGCCCAUGCUCAGACGCAUCACUUGGCGCUAAUCUGGCUUCUGCGCACGUGUAGUGCCCACAACUGGUGAGAGCGAAGGCGCACUUGUUUGUAAACAGCGUGUUUGUUUGUACAGUUUGGUUCCCAAAGCAUGCUUGUCCACCUAUCGUGUCACUGGAGUCAAUAAAAACCGGGUCAGGUGCAAAAAUUAUCCGGGCA